AUGUCACUAUCAGACUCCGAGGACUCCGAUACUGUCCUGGUCGGUGGCGAUGAUAUUCGUGAUUUCAACGAAGAAAACAUCCUUCCUCUGCCAGCAGAUGAACUCCAGAAGAUCAGAGAUUGGCUGCAGCCCACACCCUAUGAUCUAGAGAGAUCCGAGUUUUCGCGGCAUCUUGCGUCGUACCUUCAGGGCACCGGUCAGUGGCUCAUAUUCACAAACACAUACAAACAGUGGCACCAAGGCGACGAGAAUGGCCUCCUUUGGAUCAAAGGCAUACCGGGAUCCGGCAAGUCUGUCAUAACUGCGUCGAUAAUCCAGCAGUUGCGGCAAGAAGAGGUUCCAGUUCUCUACUUCUUCUUCCGACAGAUUAUCGAUGCAAAUCAUCAACCGGUGGCCGCGCUGCGGGACUGGCUUUGUCAAAUACUUUCUUUCAGUCCACCCUUACAGGUCAGACUGAGACAUGAAUACCUACGAAAUAAACGAUCUAUUGAGAGUUUGGCUGUGAGCGACCUUUGGAAAGAGCUCAAAUUUGCUCUGUCUGCCUUUCCCAAGGUCUACUGUGUCACAGACGCGUUGGACGAGAUGGACCAAGGCAACAAUGAUUUUCUCCUCUCUUUGGCUGAGCUGGGCCAGUGGCGUGCUGCAAACGUCAAAGUACUCAUCACCUCACGCCCAGUGGUUGCGGUUGAGGCUCCCCUGCGGCCCUUUCAUAUACCUUAUAUUCUGUUGGAUGAACGACUCGUGGAUGUGGACAUUGCUGCCUAUGUGCAGCACAGAUUGCGCAACUCGUCCGUUCCCUAUGAAUACUGGGAUCUAGUAACUGAAGCUGUCUCCGGUCGGGGAAAUGGGCUCUUUUUAUAUGCAAAGCUUUCAAUGGAUGCCUUUGUCAAUCCGGGCGCAGAUCCCAAGGAGGUACUCAAAACGUUGCCUGUAGAUCUGAACGUGAUGUAUAACGAUCUAUUGCGUGAGCAUGCGAAGCGAUCAGAUGUCACUGACGAGUUCCAGCUACUCAUCUUGCAAGUCAUCACACAUGCAACUCGACCUCUCCGUCUGCUAGAAGUUGCAGAGAUGGCCAAAUCUACCCAUGACCCAUUUGAAGAUUACACUUUGAAAGAGAUCAAGAACCUGGUUCGAACUGCUUGUGGCCCGCUACUAGAGAUUCUUCAUGAUGAAACUGUCUCUGUUAUUCACCACUCAUUUACCGAGUUUCUCAAAGGAUUCACUCGCUCAAACCCUUUGGAUCAUUCGACCUACCCUGUCCUGGAGGCCGGUCCAACUAACCAGCGUCUUGCCAUUGCAUGCAUGGAUUAUCUUACAUCUGGCUGCCUGGAUAAAGUUGAGAUCAAACAGCGCUUUAACAAGGACGGAUUUUUUCAUCCCAAAAAUGGUCAGCAGAGUGGCAGCAGGCUCCAGUUCCCAUUCCUCGAAUAUGCAGCUGCUAAUUGGCACAUACAUGCUCGUCGCACCGCCCUGGCCGGUGUAGAUAUGUCAUCAUUCUAUAUGACACUGGACGAUUUCGUUGCGAACAAGCAAAGAUUCGUGGCCUGGCUGGAUAUCGACUGGCCGGAAAAUGAGAUCCAAGGCCUCACUCCACUCCACGCUGCGGCUCGCACUGGAUUGACUCAAUAUGCUAGACAAUUGCUUCAGGAAAGAGACGCUGACCCUAACGCCAUCAGUCGUCAUGGCGACACCCCUCUCUAUUGGGCCGCUCUAGACGGCCAUGCGGAUGUUGCGCAGCUUCUUAUUGACAAUGGUGCGGAUCCGGAUGGAGAGGCAAACGAAGGAUACAAACCGCUUCACAAAGCUGCUAGCUGGAACCGAGCCAACGUGGCCAAGGUUCUGCUUGCGGCCGGUGUUGAUCCUCUCACGCCAAAAACGCAAGGUUCCCCAGGCAGAAGGUGUGGCAAUGCCCCAACAUCGUUCGGCCAUACCCCGUGGAUGUACGCUUGCAACCGUGGACACACUGAAACCGUGGCUGAAUUCCUGCCUUACAUCAAAGAUUCAGAAACACUACUACGGGGUCUUUUCUGGGUGGCAGCAGCAGGAAAUGCGGACUGCGUGGAUCUGAUGCUUCAGCAGCCAGGUAUGGACGUGAAUUCCAAGUACUCAGGAGAAACUCUCCUUUUCAAAGCCUGCUACAAGGGGGAUAUGAAAAUUAUAAAGUUUCUUCUCAAAGCCGGGGCAGAUCCCAAUAUUCUUUGUGAUUAUCCUAAGCAUGAGUUUGCGGGCAGGAAUUCCUUUCAUAUGCAUGGGCAGCAUAGAGGAGAUCCGAAGCAGACUGAUGAACCAAGGGGCUACACUGCUCUGCAUGCUCUAUGCGGAAUCAGGAGCAGGAUAGGCUAUCGUCCUGCAGGAAAAGAUUGCGUUUCAAUCCUCCUAGAAGCUGGUGCGAGUGUUCAUUCAAAGUGUCCGGAUGGUAAAACUGCGUUGCAUUUUGCCUGUGCACACAACAUAGAAGUUGUACCACUGCUAUUGAAGGCAGGUGCAGACCCGACAGCUGAGACUGAUAGCGGAAGCACAAUAUUACACACUGAUGGAUCCACUGACAAGGAAUUGCUACCGAUACUGUUGGGGUCAGGGCUUGUCGACGUCAAUGAGCUGAUGACAAAAGGAGAGAAUCCCCUCUUCACUCGGCUUCAGGGCCAUCAUACUGAUUCUAUUAUUGAGCUCCUCAAGUACAAACCAGAUGUGAAUAUGGCAAGAUCGGAUGGAGAUCGCCCACUACAUGUGCUUUUUGAUAAAUUCAGUUCAUUCAGUUCCGACAAGCAUAUUGCCCUUGACGCUCUACUUUCAGCCGGCGCCGAUCCAAAUCUGCAAAAUUCAAAGGGAGAGACACCGCUACAUCUAAUCGGAUUGAAAAAGGAGCCUAAAGCAGUCUCUAAGCUUGUGAAUGCGGGUGCAGACCUCGAAAUCCGAGAUUUGGAAGGUCAAACAGCUCUUUUCAAGAAUGUCAUGUACAACAAGAUAGCCGACGACAAAGAUACGCUUUCCAAUACGCUGAUUGAGUUGGGCGCCCGACUUGACACGCGGGACAACAAGGGCAGGACUUUGUUACACCAGGCUGUCAGAAAUACCAGUACUUUGGACUAUCUGAUAGCUCGAAUGGAUUUCGAUCCUGCUGUUGUUGACGACAAAGGAAAUACACUCUUCCUUGAGGCCGCAUCGACAAAACGACGGGGUUCUGUCCAACUCGCAGGAUACAUGCAUCUGACGAAGUUGGGGGUGGAUAUUGACCAGCCCAACAAUCAUGGCAAGACGUUAUUGCACAAGAUGUGCGCGAAGGAUUGCAGACUCACUAGCUGGAACCCUACUAAAAAGACUGCAUUCGACUAUGUCAUCGAACAAUGCAAGAAUCUAAGCCCUCGCGACGUCAAUGGAGUCCAGCCCUUGCAUGUUGCAGCCGCCAUCUCCGAGGAUUAUGUUUUCAAACUUCUCAAUGCCGGCGCAGAUGUGUUCGGAACCACAAACGAGGGCAUGACGGUGCUCCAUGUUGCAGCUCGCGCCCAAAAGCCUGGUGUCAUUGGCCUUGUUCUUUCAAGACUUGCUGAUGUGGAAAAGGCCACAUCGGAAGCGUUCAUCAACCAGAAAAGUGCAGAGGGUGACACAGCGCUUCACUACGCUUGCCGCGCUGGUCGUCCUGAAAGUGUUGAUUUCCUGCUAGAUGCUGGUGCUGAUCUUAAUUCACUUGGCAAAUAUGGAUACACCCCGCUCAGGGCGUGUGCUGAUUUUGAAGUUGAACAAUCACGGUGGUGGAGAGCUGUUGCAAAGGAUGAUACCAAACAGGGUAUUACUAAAGGAAAAAGAUCAGGCAGCAUCUUUCUCGAUCUGCCACCAACUGCUGAUGAUCUUGAAGAGCGCAAACAGCGCAGUUAUGGUAUGCAACAACAGCCAGAUCCAACCUAUCUGUAUAAAAUUUUAGUCUCUUUGGUUCUUCACGGAGCAGAUAGCAGCAGACAUGAAAUAUCCCUUCGCGAGGCGUUCCACGAUGCUGUACUCCAUCAACGAGACUAUACCUCCCAGUGUCUGUUAAGAUUACAGUCUCGCUUUUUCCCCAAUAUGGAUCUUCUUAAAGGGUUAGAUGCUGAGGCCUGGAUCGCCUCCAAGUCUCGAUUGGAAAGUAAAAUGUCAUCCCUGAGGGAGCAGUAUACUAAGCUCAACACUUGGCAAAUCAAGGUCGAAUACCACAAUCGAUCGCGGGCUUCUUAUUUGCAAAAGCUGGUGGACCUUCGUCAAUAUGAAGUGCUGGAAGAAACAGUGUCAAACGUGGAUAAUCUUGAACUUGACCGGACCAAUAUUUCUAUACUGCCCACCCUUGCACGUCUUGGCCUCUCAGAUGUUCUGAAGCGCGUCUGUACCCGUGAAUCCGCAUGCAAAUUCGAUGAUCAUGAGUGGUGCAAUCAAACAGAGAUUGCGAAUAACAUACCCGAACUCACAACAGAGCCGCUGCUUAUAGUCGCGUGUAACCGAGAAAUUCCCAACAUGGCAGUGGUUCGGCUCCUUGUUGAGAUGGGCGUUAAUAUCAGUGCAACGUCUAGGAAGGAGGUGUUCAUCGACAAUCGCAAACGGCGCGAGAACGUAUCAGGUCACAGCGUUCUCCAUGAUAUUGCCCAGGGAAAGACUUGGUGGAAUGUACACGAGGCGCUGCCUUACCUGAUCCAAAAAGGGGCUGAUCUGGAGGUGCGCAAUACGAGUGGGGAUACUCCGUUGCACAUUGCUGUGGAGGAAAACAUGUUCAAGGGCGUCUUUUACAAGGAAGCAGUACAGAUUCUUCUAGAGGGUGGUGCAGAUGCCAAUUCUGUGAAUAACCAUGGAGAAUCUUGCCUAUCAAAAGCCGGUACCGAUACUAAGCUGAUCAAGUUGUUGACAUUGCACGGUGCUGCUGUCUCCGCAGCAGCCAUUUUCUCCGCGAUUGAGCUCCAGCAAGACAAAUUAUUGGAAGCUUUUCUCUCUCAUGGAGAUUUUGCUAAUCUGAGGCAAUCAGGGAUUCCACCCUUGUUUCAUGCCGCGUUUUACAGAGUUCGAGACAACCGUGUGAAGGAUGACGACCUUACCCCUGCCCGAAUGCGCUUGAUGACAGCGCUUCUUCGACAUGGUGCAGACCCAUAUGCCACUUUUGAAAAUGGCCCAGAAUCAGAAACAGGUAGCCUCAUACACGAGAUCUUGCAGAGAGGAUUUGUAACCGAGCCACUACUCGACCUUCCAUCCCUUCGGCUUGAAACACGUGAUGCCAAAGGUCAAACGUUGCUUUUAGCGGCUUCCCGAAGCCGUCAUAUAAAGCGAUUUGAGGACCUUCUCGCCCGUGGAGCAGACAUUACUGCUCAGGAUCAAGAAGGCAGGACUGUUGUGCACAACCUCAUGAAUCAUAAUCCCGGAGAGGCAACGUACAAGUGCCUCGAGGCUCUUUUCAACCAGAACUCCAACCUCGUCCAUAUGCCCGACAAAGCCGGUGAUACUCCACUCCACUAUGUGCUGAAAUCAAAGGAGAUAUACCUCAAUGACUAUUUCAGUAACAAAAAAAGUGAAAGUGGACGUGGACGCGACAUCGACCUGUUGCUUAAAUACGGCGCCGAUCCGCUUCGACCGGACUCGGAUGGAAACACAGCUCUCCAUUUUUUCGCUCAGAUGCCCCGUCGCUUCAAAUCACGUAUUGAACAAUUUCAAGGCCUUGGAGUGGACAUCAACGCACGCAACAAAACAGGAAAUUCCCCCAUCUUCGAGUAUAUUGCACACGGGGACCUGAGAGCUGGAGGACCUUACGGGUAUGUUAAUAACAGCGAAGUCGAGGACCUCGACGAUAUUCACCAUUUGCGAUAUUUCAAGGAAGCUGGGGUUGAUUUCUUCGCACGUAAUGAUGCAGGAUCUUCGCUGCUUCAUGUUGUGGCUGGCCGGAAACUUGGGAAACACCGUCACGUGCAUUAUCAAGAAGAAAUCACAGUGCCGAUCGAGAAUGCUAUCAACUGGUUUGAGUUCCUCACCGGUAUCGGCUUGGAUCCUAUGCUCGAGGAUGCUCAGCAGCGGACUUGUUUAGAUGUUGCUGCCGCUUGUGACAAUGAGCAUAUUUUGAAGUUGUUUCGGCAGAAGCCUAUCGAUUGAAGCUUGGACGGAGAAACAUGAUAUAGGAAUAUGACGAGGCAGAAGCGAUGCA